GUUUGGGAGAGGCACAUUGCUGUUCUGAGCAGGAAAAUGGUACAAAAAUAAAGCUUUUUAGAAUGGCUAAACUAGAUGCAGCAUUAGCUUUUAUAUGCCAUCAAACUCUAUGUUUCUAUUUGAACAUGAAUAGGGCUUUCAGUUCCUGACAGUCACAUGAUGCUGAGUUGCAACUACAUAAUGCAGACAAAGUAUGAGGCAGUAUAGAGUGGUCGAUCUAGCAUAGUGUGUGUCGUUCUUGUGUUCGGUAAACCCACCGAUGUUAUGGAAAAAUCCUUGCUAUUUAUGGCAAGUAUUUCAUUGCAAAUGUAACAGGAGGUGACGUACUAUCUUUAGGGCAUGAAUAAGGGUUAGGUGUUUGUAUUCAGACACAUUUCUGCGUAAUAAUGGCAGAGACGUGGAUUUUACAUGCUCUGUUACUACAGAUCGCUUUUGGAAUAUUACUUUUAAGGAUGAAAUUGGAUUAAUACACCAACUGAAUGGGUCGUCCAAACAAUACCACUCCUGGCCUGAGGUUGGUGAGUAAUUGUGAUGCUUCUGAAAAUCUAACCUUUUUAUAAUGAUGAUUAUAAUAUUUACAAGUCACUUUCAAUGCAUACACUUUGACUGUGUUUUGCUUGAAUAAUAUAAGUGCUGUAAAUUGUAUUAUUUUUCACUAAUGUUUAGCUUUAUAUCAGAAAUAUUUUAAUUCUUAUGUCAAUCAAAUGUAUGCCACAAAUUGUGACUCUUUACUUUUGAAAGACUCAUUUAGACAAAAAAAAAAAGAUUAACUGUAUGCAAUUUAAAAGGCUGUGAACCUGUACAUUUUUCCAUGCAGAUUACUACUGAAAUACCAGUUCGUGGAUUGGGGUAUGUUGUAUAUUAAAGAGCUAUUCUAGGCAACAUAACCACUAAUGUCUACUUUUGCGUAUAGUGCCCUAGCGCAAUCUCGGAACUUAAUAUAAAACCGUUUAGGGCUCUUCUUUUUGCCCUGGGACGAUACCCAAUCUUGGCUGCAUUGAUAAUACCAUUUUCAUUCACAAUAGACAGUAAUGAUUGGCUGAGAGUGAUGGGCAAACGCUAGCCAACACCUAUCAUUGACCUUUGACUUGAAAGAAAUUGACCUUAAUAAUGCAAAAGUGUUAAUUUAAAUUGACCUUGUAAGUAUUUAAUGAAAAAGUGGGUAUAUAAAUGUAAUAAAUAUACAAAUUCUAUUCUCACUUUACGUAUUGAUAGAGGCAUGAACAUAUAUCCACCAGAAAAUAUUACAAGGAAUUUUUAGUAUUUAUUGUUUUAGGCCUUCAAAAUAUGCAUGGUUAUUAAAAUUGUUCUGCAACAAAUGUAUCCUGUAUUGAGUAAUAUGAAACAAUCAUGAAACUUUAUUUUAUGUGACACAAACUGGCUGAUGUAUGAUUAGUGAAUUAAUAGUCAAUAUGGAGAUAUAUAUGUCCGUAAUUGAAGAAUAAGGAAUGGGAAAUUCUAUUUGUGAUAAUUCUGUCUGAAAUAAAAGUAUUACAUAGUGUAUUAUUCACAUCUGUACAGAUUCCUAUACAUUAAAUUUUAAAUAUUUAACUGCUGGCACUAUUUUCUUAAGACCAGAGGAGGACAUUUUCUUAGCUUCCUGUUGUCUAUUCCACACCAUCAUCUUUAGGGGUAAAUGUCAAUUGCUUGCCAGUUUGCUAAAAAGUAUACACCAUAGUGCUUUAAAAUAUCCCAACACUCGUUCUAUGGAAUGUUUUAUUUAUACUUAUUACUAAAUUACUUUCAUAAACAUUCUGUAUUUUAUAUUUAGUUAUACUUUCAGUAAACCAUCAUUUUCUGUGAAGGUCAUUGUUAAAAAGCAAUGAAACUCACACUGGAAAGCACAGUCUGUUUAGACGGGAUGGCUGCUUUUAAAAGACUUUCUAAGAAUACUCCAAAAUAACAAUAGAGAAGAUGACCAGUGUCGGUCACUCUGUCCGAAUCCAUAUCAACUAAUGUGGUUAUCCUCACUGUUGUACAUUGACCUUAGAGUUGUGUUGGCCUUUCUGCUGACUGCGUUUGUUGGGGAUUAUUAAGCUGACCGCAUGUAAUGUGUAUUGUUUUGCUUUUUUUUGAGAGAGUAAAUUGAUUGGGGCCUCAGAGAUAAAAAGAGAAAUGUGCAGAGGUUAGAGUUUUUGACAACAAGGGUCAUGCGAAAGCCAUUUCACUGGACUGGGUCCGGUGACAACAAAUUGGCAAUGAGUGACAUGAAAGACUCUAGAUGUAUUUCGAGAUAAAGUCUUCCGAGAGAUGUCUUUAAAUUAUAUCAAGAACUUUUAUGAAGGAUGUGUGAGUAUCCAGUCACUGGUUACUUUUGUGGACAAUGCUCUUAAUUAUAUUAUAGCCAGCAAAACAAAAAAAUAAGUUAUGUUUUAGAAUUAUUAUUGACAUUAUGUAAUUUUUUUUUUUUUUUAUAAAGUGUCACCAUGUUCCACGCCUUUUAUUCUUUCAUUUCUACAUACCUAAAUAAUGAGUGCAGAAUUAUUCAAAUGCUUUGAUAACUGGCAGAAAUGUCGUUUUCUGGAUGUUAAUGCUUGCAGCCAAAGUACAACACCAUUCUAACAUGCUCUCUUGUUAAAUAUUUGUAAGUGCAAGUCUAGAGAUUUCCUAUUAACAGGACGGUGGGCAACAAUAGAUAAAUCAGGCAUUCUGUUCUGUUCAUUGCUGACUCGCUACCAAUCAGAUAAUAAUGAGCAGACCACUCGAGCUAGAACAGUGAGUAGAUGUUUCUGCGGUGUUUCCAGAAAUGCUGAGGACAAUUGCUUCAUUUAAUGAUAAACAAGUUAUCUGAAUAUAGACUAUAUGGCAGCUUUGUGCAUGUGGUGCAAUGUCAAUACUAAAAGGAAAUCAGGAUUCAGGCUAUUCUCGGUACGCAUGCAUUUUUUAUUUUUAACAUAUAUAUAUUUUUAUUAAUUACCUAGAAUCAUGUUUUACUGAAGGUAAAAUAGUUAUAGGCUUCCUAACAUGUUGGCUUUCUGUUUCCUUAGCUCAGACCUCCAACUGUGAUUGGUCAGUUCCACACCCUUUUCUUUGGGUCUGUGCGAAUGUUUUUUCUUGGAGUACUAGGCUUUGCUGUAUACGGAAACGAGGCCUUGCAUUUCAGCUGUGAUCCAGAUAAGAGGGAGGUGAAUUUGUUUUGUUACAACCAGUUUCGACCGAUAACUCCUCAGGUAAGGCACAGAAACAAUAAAACAUUUUAUUUCCAGGGAACAAAAAUAGUUUUAAAAAAAAUAAAAAAUUCAAUUGUUAUUUUUUUUUAAAUCUUUUAAUGCUUUUUGUUAUAUGUUAUGCUCUGAUGGCUUGGAGGAAUAGACACUGAAAGUACUAAUUUCAAAUUUGUGGACUGAGAAUAAGCAGCUGUUAAUUAUGAACCCAACGAAAACACUUGUUUCAAGGUAGAUGGAAAAGCCUUUCAGCAGAGGUGGUAGGAAUGUAUACUGAAAACCAUUUACGAAGAAAAUAACAUUUGGUGUAGACAUACUGCUGCCCUGAGCUGGAUAUAAAAGCAUAAUGCAUGCUCUGUGUUUAGAUAUGAAAUAGACUGGCAACAAGGACCAUUUGGAUUUUAAUUGCCAUCAGAUCCAUAUUUAUAUUUUUAACACAUUUUCUCUGAUAAACACUUUCAGGAAAAGGUUUACUUUAAUAGUGCUGAUAUGUCAGCUGUGCAGAAAAUGAUAACCUUAAAACCAAUAGUUGCUCCACCUAUUGUUAUGCAAAAUGAUAAAUCUUGUGGGGUCUUCCCAGUUGCAGUGGUUAGUACCUACAAAGAGUGGUACAAUCAGCAACUGGCAUCAGGGUCAUUAUGCCAAGGCUCAUUGAUGCACAUUGAUGGUGAAGUCUAGCCAGUCUGGUCCAAUCACACAGAAGAGCUACUGUAGCUCAAAUUCCUGAACUACCUAAUGCUGGUCAUGAUAGAAAGGUGUCAGAACACAUAGUGCAUUGCAGUUUGCUGCGUAUGGGGCUGCAUAGUUGUAGAUCGCUCUGAGUUCCCAUUCUGACCCCUGUCCACUGCCAAAAGCGCCCUAAAUAGGCAGAACUGAAUCAUGGAGCAAUGGAAGAAGGCUGCUUUUCCAAUGAAUCACAUUUUCUUUUAGAUCAGUUGCAUGGUCAUGUGCAUGUAUGUCAUUUACCUGGGGAAGAGAUGACAACAGGAUGCACUUUGGGAAGAAUGCAGGCCAACAAUGGCAGUGUUAUGUUCUGGGCAAUGUUCUGCUCGGAAAUCUUGGAUCCUGGAAUUUGUGUGGUUGUUACUUUGACAUGUACCACCUACCUAGUUAUUGUUGCAGACCACAUACAUCCUUUCAGGGUAAUAUUGUUCCUUAAUGACAGUGACAAGAUAAUGCACCCUGCCACACUGAAAAUAUUGUUCAGAAAUGGUUUGAGAAAAAUGAUGAAGAGUUCAAGGUGUUGCCUUGGCUUCCAAAUUCCCCAGAUCUCAAUCCGAUUGAGCAUCUGUUGGAUUUGCUGAAACAACAAAUCCGAUCCAUGGAGGCCCUACCUUGCAACUUGCAGGACUUAAAAGGACACUCCAGACACCAAGACAACUUCAUCAAAAUAAAGUUGUUAUGGUCCCCGGAGGCAUCUUUACCUCAAGGGGUUAAACCAGGAGUAGGCAACCUUCGGCAAUCCGGAUGUUAUGGACUACAUCUCCAAUAAUGCUCUUAGAGUCAUAAUAUUGACAGAGCAUCAUGGACAGGGGAGUCCAAAACACCUGGAGUACCGAAGGUUGCCUAUUCUUGAAUGGUUUAACCCCAAAAUUGGCUCCAGCGAUGUACACUCCCCACAGACGGCAUCUGGCUUCUAAAUUUUCAUAUUCAGGAUGCUCGGAGUGCCGCUGGGCAGUGGCGUGCUGAUUGGCUGAGAGCAGUAAGCUGAUGCUCUCAGCCAAUAAGUGACUUCCCGCUGAACUGGCUUGAAAAAUGUAUGUUCCUCUUCAAGUCACUGAUGAAGUUGAAGUUGAUUUGGUGCCUGGACUGUCUCGGAUGAUAAUGUCUUGGUGCAGAUACCACAGGACACAUUCAGAGGUCUUGUAGAGUCAAUGCCUUGAUGCAUCAAAGCUGUUUGGACAGCACAAGGCUGGUGGUUUUAAUGUUAUGGCUGAUCAGUGUAUAUGUGUGUAUGGAAAAUUUUACUUUUACACCAACUCUGUGUAUUCUAUAUUUCAACAAGUUUGCUAUCCAAGCACAAAUUAUCCUCCAUCAUCUUAUACAUUUUAUAGUGCACUGUUAUCUAUUACAACAUAGCUCAGUGGUAUCUAAACCAGUCCUUAAGGCACAUCAAUGAUGCAGACUUUGUCAGUAUCUCCUCUAAAACAGAGUUGGGAACCACUGACCUAUGCUGUAGCACAGUUCCUUAAUGUUUAUUUUGAAGAUUUCCUAAAAAGCAUUUAGAUGUAUAUGACAAUUUCCUCUUAAAACUUGUUGAUUCCAAUUGCUAUUGUUCCAUAGAACAGCAUCUCAGAAGCAAUAUCUUUCCAAUCUCUUUUUUGCUAGGAAGUUUUGUUCAAUUCAGUGGGAAAACAAUAUUUAAACCAAGUCAUUAUAUGCAAUUAUAUUAAUCACUGAACUAAAAACCAAGAAUACCUAAAAAAAAAAAAGUGUCAGUAGUCACUGUCGAUAACUGCUGCUGGGUGGUGCCCUUUGUCAUAUGAAUUAAAAAAUGUCACCAUUUUAAAUAUAGAAUUUUAAAAACUGAUGUUAGGGUGAGAAUUGUUGCUUUGCACAGUUAUUAAUAAUAGUCUUUCAUAAUGAUUUACCAAAGUAAUUUUUGCCAUCAGGGGAGAAGUUAGAGUAAGUUAAGUGUUACGGCACAUUUAGCUCUUAGGAGUAGUUGGGGAUUGGGUUGGAGUGAUUAAAUAGGCGUAUGCAAAUGAGCUCAACAAAUGUGGUUCUUUGUUGAGCUCAUUUGCAUAUGUCUGCCCACAAUCCCUUGCAGUAGUGAGAGCACUGUUAAAGUGAGAUUUAUGUGGGAAAAGCAAGUCUUCUGGCUUGACUGGUGUGUGUAUUUGUGUUUAGCAACCUGUUAGCUAUAUAUAUAUAUAUAUAUAUAUAUAUAUAUAUAUCAAUUUCAUUCCUGGGCUACCAUAUGGUCUCAAAGGCAACAUAACCAAUCUUGCAAGUUUCAAUGUGUAUAUACUGAAAAAUGUAACACGCUAUAUUUGACCCUGUAACUUUCCAAAAAUACCAUAAAACCUGUACAUAGGGUGUAGUGUUUUACUCGUAAGACAUCGCUGAAUACCAAUAUGUGUACUUUAUUGCAGUAACAGAUAACAGUAUUGUGACAUUCACAGUUAAAAUGCCAUGCAGAAACAAACAAAAAAAAAAUUUCCUUCAUAUUAAAUUGUUUGAUAUAUAAAUAUUUGAUGUGAAAUGAAAGCCCUGUUUCUCCUGAAUACAAUUAUAUAUAAUAAGUGUGGGUGUGCUUAAUAUGCAAUACGUGAAUUAUGGUUCGACAUAUAGAGCAAAUUCAAGGUUUGGUUUACGUUUUGUUUUGAUCUGAACUUGUACAACUGUCUCAGUCCUUAUGGGGUUAAGGGGCUAGAAGGACACCCUAAGCACCAAAACAGCAAAACAGAACCAAACAUGAUUUAACUUCUAAAUGGCAGAAAAUUAAGCAGUGAGAACGCAGGAGCAUGAUCUAUACACCAAGAGCACUCCAUUAAGCUAAAGUUGUUUUGGUGCUUACACUAUCUGUUUAAAAUCUCCUUCUCAAAUGUUUAUCUGUUACUUUUAUAUGAUGAAGUUAAUAAAUUACAAUCCAUCUCUUUGACAGGUAUUUUGGGCACUGCAGCUUGUGACAGUUCUGGUCCCAGGAGCCGUUUUCCACCUUUACGCAGCUUGCAAAAGUAUCGACCAAGAAGACAUUCUCCAAAAACCCGUUUACACUGUAUUUUACAUUAUUUCUGUACUUUUAAGGAUAAUAUUGGAGGUGGUAGCAUUUUGGCUACAAAGUCAUCUUUUUGGCUUCCAAGUCAAUCCAAUAUUCAAAUGUGAUGCAUCACCCCUUGAGAAGAAGUAUAAUAUUACCAGGUGUAUGGUUCCUGAACACUUUGAAAAAACCAUUUUCCUCAUUGCCAUGUAUACGUUUACCGUGAUUACAAUGGUACUGUGCGUUGCUGAGAUAUUUGAAAUUUUAUGUAGACGAUUAGGUUUCCUGAACAAUGAGUGACCUACCCGUCUGACAUUAUUUCCAGAUUCCAAGUGAUGUUUAGAAAGUCCUGAUCUUCAAACAAGGACUGCUUAUCAAAUACAUCUGCAAUUUUCUGCAGGAAAUUACGUGGAUAACACAUAAAUAACAUGUAUAAAUGUAUGUGUUUGUAUUUCUGUGAAAAUAUGUCCUAAACAGAAAAUACUUUUUUUUAAAACAUAGGAUAAAGGAAUACUCUAAUGCUGUCGUAGGCAACCUUCAGCACUCCAGAUGUUGCGGACUUCAUCUCCCCUGAUGCUUUGCCAGCUUCAAGACGCAUUGUGGGAGAUGUAGUCCACAAAAUCUAGAGUACAAAAAGCUGCCCACCCCUGCUUUGAUGUAUUUCACUGUAAAUAUGUAUAUAUUUAGUUAUAAUCAGCAGGUUUGCAAUAACUUGAAAUGUUGGGGAGAAAGCUUCCAAGUUAUAUUUUUUUCAAUGAAUGACAAAGUAGUAUUUAUUUAGACUCCUGCGUGAGAGUGAAAGUAGAGAGGUUUAUUGCUGUGAGUAUAUACUACUCAGCUGAUCUUUUGUCCAUAUUGGAAAAUGCAAACAGUUCAUGAGUGCCUGUUAAGAGAUACAUAUAUCAUGCAGCAACAACUGUAACUCUCACAUUAAGUGUAUUGUACAUAAUAGAAUCAUGCAGCCGGGGGUAUUAACUUCUAAUUUUUCAUAAAACCUCCCUUUAUUGUCUUCGAAUGUUGUAGGAACUCAACCAAGUCCCGCACAGACUCCAAAUAGCCCAGCAUUUUCAGAGAUUUCAAUUCAGUUCCAAUGGGAAUAUUAAUAAAAUGGGACAACUGACGAGUAUUUAGGAUUAGUUUGAGAGACAUGGUCUAUGGGAAGUUGAGUAACUGCAUAUGAAAGAUUUUUGGUUUUCUUCCCACAAAAUUAAAUAUAUUUUAUUUUGGAUGUUGGUCUUUCAGAAAAAGUGAAAUAAAUACGGGCAAUGGGCUAGAACAAGACCUUACUUAUGCAAACCAUGGAAUACUGUCUCUGAUGAGAACACAAAUGGCUAAAAAUGGUUUUAAGCUAAUUUCUAGAAUAACAGAUUUGUUUUGGAAAUAAAAUAUGUGCACAGUCAAGUUCAGACUCUGACUUUCCUGACCUAGGUUGCAAGGACAUAUAUACUCAAAGACAGAUUAUUUACCACGUUAAGGAAAAAUUCAACUGUAAAAUUCUGUAUGUCACACUUCAGGAAUGACCAAAGACUGACUUUCAGUGUUACCAAAAUAUUUGCACUUCUAACCUUAUCACCAUAUAUUGAUAAAGUCACUAAAAUAAGACUCCUGAGAACAGCCAUCAUGCUUUAAAAACACGAGACAGCUAUGGCAUUUCUAGUGCUAUAAUCUUAAAUUAGAUACUGUUUAUAUAACAUCCCAUAAGUAAACAUUUCACAGUGUAGACUACCGCAGUCUAGUAAUUAUCAAUACUAUCAGAGUUUGGACAUCUAAGACUAACUGAUGAUCACAUGCAUUCAUUUUUCUUAUAUAAAGAAAAUUUUCAUCUGGAACAUCAAGUAAUCAACUGCAAAUUCCAGACUUCUCCAAUAUUUUUAAACCAUGUAAAUUGUUAUUUUGAUUGGUUCAGUGUUUUAUGUGCUUUUGUAAAUCAAAUAUCCAUCCAACUUAUCUUAAUAGAGAAGAUAUCUCUUUGACAUUAAAAUGUGUAAUCUCAGGAACAAACCUUUUAUGUGUCAGCUGAAUGUUGCUGUAUAUGUGUUACUAACAAUUCUAGCUGAAUGCGCUGUAGAUCUGAUUCAUGUGUCAUCGAGUCGCAUUUUAUCAAGAGUGUUAAUGUUCUUAAGUAAAAGAAUAAAAAAAAGAUUUAUACAU